AUGCCACCAAAGAAGCAACAACAGCAAGCUUCGAAGAAGAAGGACAAUGUCGACAAGACGUUCGGAAUGAAGAACAAAAACCGGUCGACAAAAGUCCAGAGAUACAUCAAGCAAGUGCAGUCGCAAGCGGAUCCGAAAAAGGAGGAGAUGAAACGGCUGAAAUUGGAGGAAAAGAAGCGGAAGGAGCUGGAAGAAGCACAACGGCGUGCUCUGUUCAAUCCUGCCAUGGAACAGCAGCGGGUCGGUGCUGGGGUGGAUCCCAAGACCAUCUUGUGUGCGAUGUUCAAGAUCGGUAACUGUAACAAGGGAGCCCGUUGUAAGUUUUCUCACGAUCCUAACGUGGGGCGGAGAGUCGAAAAGAAGGAUUUGUACCAGGAUGUCCGUGAGGAAAAAGAACAGGAUACAAUGGAUCAGUGGGACGAAGAAAAACUGCGGAAAGUGAUCUUGUCGAAACACGGUAACCCACGUACAACGACCGACAAAGUUUGCAAGUUUUUCAUUGAAGCGGUGGAAAACGGGAAAUACGGUUGGUUUUGGGUUUGUCCCAACGGUGGUGACAAGUGUAUGUACAAGCACGCUCUUCCGGAAGGAUUCGUUUUGAAAACCAAAGAGCAAAAGAGGCUUGAAAAAGAGGCCCUAGACAGUCAACCUAAAAUCACUUUAGAAGAGUUUUUGGAGACUGAAAGGGGUAGACUGAACAGGGCCAAACUCACACCUAUAACAGUAGAGAAUUUUGCCGUAUGGAAGAGAGAUCACAUUGCGAAGAAGGUGAACGCAGAACAGAGGGAAAACGCUAAUAAGAAACCCACAGGUCGGGAAGUAUUGCUAAAGAAGUUCAUGGAAGACAAGAAAUUUGACGAUUUGGCUGACUUGGACGCGUCCAAGGGUUCUGCCUGGGAUCUAUCGGAGUUCACCAAAGCCCUACGUGAUGCCGAGAAGAGAGACGACGGAGGUAUCAAAGACUAUGGUGAUGGUAUUAAUCCAACUUUCGACAUCAAGACGAAGACCCCCGCCACCGCAUCUGCAUGA